AUGUCGCAUAAAACUGUGAUGCGGUGCUGCACCCCACCCCCGGUGGGCAGCGGCGAUGACAUGUUCUCCUCCAGCCGCCACCUCUUCUUCCCGAACGAGGAGGAGGAGAACCGCGACGACGGGGCAGCGAUGUUGAACAAGAGUAUGGCCAUGCGGCCGUCCGACAGCUUCCUGCGCCAGUCCGGCCCACGCACCUCCGGCGAAUCGCGGCCGAGUGACGCGCUCGACGCGAGCGUACACCUGCCGUCCCCUCCCCGCGGCCUCCACUCUCCCCGUCGGGCUUUUCAGCCUAUCCCGUUGAACCUGCCAAGCGAGCAUUGCUUCGGUCGCACGGCUUUCCAGGGUUUGUCAAUGGACGGCAUGAGCACCACUGGUGCGACCAGCACGCCAUGGUGGCCCUCUACCGCAACCAACAUCACCUCAACCACGUACGACAUGACCACCGCUGCAUCCGCCUCCAGGUCGAUGGGCAUGUCGUACCUCGACACCCCCGAGGUGCAGCGCGUGAGCACGGUGAGCAUCGCGCCCAACGCCAUGUCCCACCUGCUCUACACCCCGCAGACGCCACAAGUGUGCCUGGCGUGGCGGGCAAACCUGGACGCAGAGCUCGACCCAGUCAACGCGCAGCACCCUGCCGAUCAACUCCCGCCCGUGACCACGCUGAUGGAAGGCAUGCUGUACAUUGGCGGCUUCCCUGAUGCCGAGACGGUGCCGCUGCUGCAGUCCAUCGGCGUGCACCACAUCAUCAACUGCUGUGCGCAGGACGUCGUGACUUGUCCGGCAGUGUCGGGUGCGUUUCACGUGCACAACCUGCAGGCCUUUGACGUGGAGGACUACUUAAUCUUACAUCACGACUACGAUAUUUUUGCUGCGUUGCUGUCUGAUUUGCUGGCGCGUGGGGAGAGGGUGUUUGUGCAUUGCAUUGCCGGCGUGAACCGCAGCGCCACGCUGUGCGCGGCGUACCUCAUGGACCGCUUCGCGCUUUCCCCAGUGGAGGCGGUGCGUGUUUUCCGUGGCAACGGGCGCAUGCGUCUUCUUGACAACAAAGGCUUCCGCCACCAACUGGUAGACCACUACCUCCAGAGUGUUGAGCCGCGAAUGGCAGAGCCGGGACUUCACUGA